AUCUGUACCGGAUUUCAUGGCAGACUCAGACAAUGACUCCGGCGGUCCGAAUAACAGCAACGCCAACAGCGAAUUCUCUCCGAAAGAGCAAGAUCGUUUCCUUCCCAUAGCCAACGUGAGCAGGAUCAUGAAGAAGGCACUCCCUGCCAACGCUAAAAUUUCCAAAGACGCCAAGGAGACCGUUCAGGAGUGCGUGUCGGAGUUCAUAAGUUUCAUCACCGGAGAAGCUUCAGAUAAGUGCCAGAGAGAGAAGCGGAAGACAAUUAACGGCGAUGAUCUACUAUGGGCCAUGACUACUCUUGGAUUCGAAGAGUAUGUGGAGCCCUUGAAGAUUUAUCUCCAGAAGUUUCGGGAGAUGGAGGGAGAGAAGAGUUCCAUGGGUCGUAUAGGUGAGAAGGACGGCUCCGGUGGUUCAGGUGCCGGAGGAUCAGCGGGCGGUGGCAAUGGCAGUGUUGUAAAUCCGGGAAGUGGGAGUGCUGGUUACAACGGCGGAAGUGGAAUGUACGGUGGGAUGCAGUCGGCGAUGAUGAUGAUGGGCCAUCAUCAUCAAGGACAGAUGUACAGUUCUGGACAUUAUCAUCAGAUGGUUGUGGAUGGAGGUGUUCCUGCCCAAGCCAGCUCCCCCAACUCCGGCGAUGGUGGUGGUGGUGGUUCUGGGAGACCAAGGUAUAUUAAUGAUGGGUAGAUGGAUGGUUGGGAUUGUUUCUAUGGUGGUAUAAGUACUUGUUGUCUACUCUUUU